AUGGAUACCAUAAGAAAUAAUGCCACUCGUUGUGCGAAAAUUGUUCCUGGUACCCAACUUGAUACUGAUAUUAAUAAUAAUGCAGUACCGCAAUUUGUCUAUUAUACACCAAAUCAAAAUAAUGAUGGACAUGACACUGGUGUAGCAUUUGCGAACAAUUGGUUCCAAGGUUGGCUUGAACCAAAACUUACUAAACCAGCAUUUACAAACAAUACAUUAAUCUUUGUCACUUUUGAUGAAGAUGAUAAUUCGCAAUCCAAUCACGUUUAUGGCGCUCUUCUUGGUACUCCUGUUCAUCCUCCAGCCAAUCAUAACGAUAGUACACGUUACAAUCAUUAUUCAUAUUUGGCUACUGUAGAGAAAAAUUGGAAUUUGGGAAAUUUGGCUAGAAAUGAUGUCGUUAAAAAAAAAGAAAAUUCUUAA